AUGCUGGUUGUGUUCCGAAACCCAAAAGAUACAGUCGUAUCAUACUACCACUUCAUGAACACAAACCCUGUUUUGCCUAAUGCCAAAUCCUGGGAUUCAUUUUUUACAGACUUCAUGAAGGGUGAAGGUGAGAAAAACGGAUAAAGAACUACUCAACACAUUCGUAUUGUUUGACAUAAAUGCAGUGUCGUGUUGGAUAGGCUGAAUGUAAUAAAUACUACAACUAGAAAAUUACAUUUCCUAAAUAAAAUGUGUGCUCUAACUUGUCAUUAUGUGAGUUUAAAUGUUUGUUUUUUAAAUGCCCCAGGGACUAGCUAGCUGGCUACGUCUGGCACAUUUACAGACGUCUUCAUUGAUGUCAGAUCCCUGUCAGAUAAAUGAUAUUCUUUCCACAGUCUCACACUAACAAAUGGAUAAUCACACUAUAGUUAUGGUACAAUACAGCACACUACAAAACAUUAUGUACAGUCACAUGACUGUUGAAUGUAUUCAUAUUAUGGUAUUUGUGUUUCUUUUUUUUACAGUGGCUUGGGGUUCUUACUUCGACCAUGCCCUGGCCUGGGAGAAACUAAUGGGCAAUCCUAACAUAAUGAUGAUCACUUAUGAGCAAAUGAAGGAGGUAAAACACAUAUUAUUAUGUAUAGGGUUGCAAAAAGAGUGAAUAUUAGACCUAACUUUUGAAAUGUACCAGUAAACUACCUGCAUUUCUACUAGUUUUCAUAACAUGUUAAAGACAUAAAAUACAAUAAAGAAAAAUUAAUAUAAAACAAUAUAUACACAUAGCUGUAAAACAGAAUCCUAAAUAUAACCAAUCAACUUACUGAAUACCGUUGUUGUUUAACAUGAGGGUUUCAGCAUGGAAUAUCCUUUAUAUUUGUAUUUUAUUUUACUAUGCCAAUAUAUCUUUGUUGUAAAUGUUUUGGGGCCGAACUGGUGGCAGUUGUGAAAAGUCAAUAGUUGGAAGAGUUCCAGAGAUAAUUGGAAAUUACAUCAUUGUUGAUUAUAUACAGUGGAGAGAACAAGUAUUUGAUACACUGCCGAUUUUACAGGUUUUCCUACUUACAAAGCAUGGAGAGGUCUGUAAUUUUUAUCAUAGGUACACUUCAACUGUGAUAGACGGAAUCUAAAACAAAAAUCCAGAAAAUCACAUUGUAUGAUUUUUAAGUAAUUCAUUUGCAUUUUAUUGCAUGACGUAAGUAUUUGAUCACCUACCAACCAGUAAGAAUUCCGGCUCUCACAGACCUGUUAGUUUUUCUUUAAGAAGCCCUCCUGUUCUCCACUCAUUACCUGUAUUAACUGCACCUGUUUGAACUCGUUACCUGUAUAAAAGACACCUGUCCACACACUCAAUCAAACAGACUCCAACCCCUCCACAAUGGCCAAGACCAGAGAGCUGUGUAAGGACAUCAGGGAUAAAAUUGUAGACCUGCACAAGGCUGGGAUGGGCUACAGGACAAUAGGCAAGCAGCUUGGUGAGAAGGCAACAACUGUUGGUGCAAUUAUUAGAAAAUGGAAGAAGUUCAAGACGGUCAAUCACCAUCGGUCUGGGGUUCCAUGCAAGAUCUCACCUCGUGGGGCAUCAAUGAUCAUGAGGAAGGUGAGGGAUCAGCCCAGAACUACACGGCAGGACCUGGUCAAUGACCUGAAGAGAGCUGGGACCACAGUCUCAAAGAAAACGAUUAGUAACACACUACGCCGUCAUGGAUUAAAAUCCUGCAGCGCACGCAAGGUCCCCCUGCUCAAGCCAGCGCAUGUCCAGGCCCGUCUGAAGUUUGCCAAUGACCAUCUGGAUGAUCCAGAGGAGGAAUGGGAGAAGGUCAUGUGGUCUGAUGAGACAGAAAUAUAGCUUUUUGGUCUAAACUCCAUUCGCCGUGUUUGGAGGAAGAAGAAGUAUGAGUACAACCCCAAGAACACCAUCCCAACCGUGAAGCAUGGAGGUGGAAACAUCAUUCUUUGGGGGAUGCUUUUUUGCAAAGGGGACAGGACGACUGCACCGUAUUGAGGGGAGGAUGGAUGGGGCCAUAUAUCGCGAGAUCUUGGCCAACAACCUCCUUCCCUCAGUAAGAGCAUUGAAGAUGGGUCGUGGCUGAGUCUUCCAGCAUGACAACAACCUGAAACACACAGCCAGGGCAACUAAGGAGUGGCUCCGUAAGAAGCAUCUCAAGGUCCUGGAGUGGCCUAGCCAGUCUCCAGACCUGAACCCAAUAGAAAAGCUUUGGAGGGAGCUGAAAGUCCGUAUUGCCCAGAGACAGCCUCGAAACCUGAAGGAUCUGGAGAAGGUCUGUAUGGAGGAGUGGGCCAAAAUCCCUGCUGCAGUGUGUGCAAACCUGGUCAAGACCUACAGGAAACGUAUGAUCUCUGUAAUUGCAAACAAAGGUUUCUGUACCAAAUAUUAAGUUCUGCUUUUCUGAUGUAUCAAAUACUUAUGUCAUGCAAUAAAAUACAAAUUAAUUACUUAAAAAUCAUACAAUGUGAUUUUCUGGAUUUCUGUUUUAGAUUACAGACCUCUACAUGCUUUGUAAGUAGGAAAACCUGCAAAAUCGGCAGUGUAUCAAAUACUUGUUCUCCCCACUGUAUAUUUUUUCAUUAAUUAGGCUCUCCUGAACCACGUGGUCUAACUACUAGACACAGACCAAAAUAAAUAAAUAUAUAUUAAUACGUGAAUAAAAAUAUUCAAGUACAGACAGAUUUUUAUGGGGAUUUUUGUAUUAUGUUAAUUAUAUUGAAUCACGGGUGCGUCAAUUGACUCUUAAGGAUUUUAUUACCAACAUUUCCGAUUUGGUAAAUUACUGGCAGUUUUACAACCCUAAUUAUGUGUCAGUAAUGUACAUUUUAUUUAAGUGAUAAUGCCAGAGAAGCCGGUGUUUGGAGGAUAUAUUGGCAUGUGUGUUGUUAGGCCCGAGACGAAGUUGAGGACUGGCAAACUGUGCCAAUAUAUCCUCCAAACACCGGCUUCGAGGGCAUUAUCACUUUUAUACAACGGGUUACCAACAUAUUCAAAUAAUGAUUUACAUAUUUUCAUUAAAAACGUUAUUUUAGUAAUUUAUUCAUGCUGUUUCAUCCUUCCAGAAUAUAUAGUCCCGACACAAAUCUAGGGUUACUAGAGACUAGUUACCAGUCGUUCAGUCUUUUUGUUCUGUAUCUAUGGACGCGACCCAGUUGUUCAUUCUAAAUGUUCCAUUGCCAUACUGGCUGGCAACGUUCUAAUCCCUUGCUUGCUAGCUAGCCAACUACUGCUAACUUACAGUCACGUCAAAAAGUGCAGCCAGAAUAACAGCAAGAGAUGUUUAAACUGUUUUCUAGUGAGAUUUAUUUAGAUACAUCCAUAAAAAUGAGCUAAUGAGGCGCGAUUUCGCCUGGCAUAGAAAAUGUGCUUACUCGUCAGGACACUGUUUUUCAGUGGAGCUAGCCAACAACACAGCUACAGUAACACAAACACUUCAAACUGAAGCUGGAAAUACUGCAAAUUAGCUGCGUUUUGUUUUACCUUUUUUCAAUUGACAUUUUUUUGUAUAUAUCCAUAAAAAUGAUGCCAGCUGAUUCAUGAUUUUGACUGGCUGAGAAACCCUGCCUGCCUGCCUGCCUGUCUCGUCCCGACUCCCGACAAGUUCAUUACGAUGGGACAGCAGGAGAUCGAAUUUCAAUAUUGAAACAAUGUUGCAAAUGUCGGAGAGACAGACAGCAAGGUUUAUUCAAAUCUCUGCUGUAGAAAACGAAAUGUUAGUCUAAAAGAAAUGUGAGCUAAUGUCUAGAUGCUUUUUAUAGUGGAGAUCAAGUUUAUAAGUUGCCUGGCUGGGCUGAUGAGAAAGUGGAUUGCGCAGUCAGAUGGAACAGAGUAAAUAGGCAUUUUAACAUCAUAGAUUUAGCCGGUGGCAACUUGUGGAACAGACACCGGCUGAAUGCGGUUUUAACCAAUCAGCAUUCAGGAUUAUACCCACCCGUUGUAUAAAUGUCAUUAACAUUCACUUUUUUAUGAUUUUUUUCAUACAUCAUAUUGUACAUCACAUACCUCCUGUCUUUUUUGAGAGUUGUGAAAUGCACAAUGUUGGAUGUACAAGUUUCAACUCCACUUAUUCUUCAGAAUCUAGGUCAAGGGGUGCAGCAGAUAUCCAAGUUCUUUGGUUUCCCAUUGACUGAAGAGCAAGUCCAGACAAUUGCAGGGCAGAGUACCUUCAAUGCUAUGAAGGACAGCUCCAAGAACACCCAUGGAAAACAUGGCAAUGUGUUUUUCCGAAAA